UUUAACAAUUUGUUGUUAUUUUGAAAUUUGUCGGUGUUUUGAUUACUUAUCUAAAAUGACCUUUAGAGCUUAGGUCAUGGGUCAUUCUUCUGGCAACGAAAAACGGCAACCGAUGUCAACGACAUUAUUUAUGAGAAUGUGUGUUGCUUUUCUCCGAAAAUAAUGUAAAACAUAGUCUGUCUCCGAACAAAAUACAAGAAACCCGCAGCAUCAGUCAUGGAAGAUGAAAAUGCAGUCUCCCAGAAGGAGUCGGAAACUGCCAAGGAGGAAGAGAAAGAGACGGACACCAGUAAGGAGAAAGGCUUGAAGCCUGGUAGCGCUGGCUCCUCCAAAUCCAGAACCCCAUCAGCUUCUAGUAAGAGGAGUGCUUCUCCAGCCAAGACCCCUGCCACGAAGCCUGCUGCUAAGCCGGCUGAUAAAGGGGCAGCGAAGGGCAAGAAACCAGUCAAAGGAGGCAAAUCAAAGAAGGAUGAACAUGAAGAAAAGCCGGCAGUUGAAGGAAAAGGAGGAGGCGGAGGAGAUGAUAUUACGCCCCUCUUUCUGGCCUCCAAGACUCAAGAGCUCUUUUCCUGUGUUGCUGACGUUGACGUAACCGAAGAGAAUCCUUGUAAACUCCUCCCUAAGGAAGGAAUCCUACAAGAUAUGAAGACGAGGGCUGCUGUGUCGGAUUUCCAUCCUGUCAAACAGAUUAUGCUGGACUACCCAGGUGAGGAAGUAUUGGUUGUAUUCGACCCAGACUUCAAGCUUGGACAGAACUUCUACAUUGCUUUGACUGAGGAAGCCAAAAAUCGUAUUCUGAGCCCUCCAUCUGAGGAAGGUGAGGAGGGGGCGGAGCAAGUUGAUGGUGGUGGAGGGGUGCCUGGUGAGGAGGAGGAAGUCAUAGUGUAUCGGUACGUUCCUCCAGAGCCCAAGAAGUGGGUGUCGCUCGGCAGCGAAGUUGAGAUCGAGGAGGAGAGUGUGGUUGAAAGCAGACCUAAGAUUCAAAUGACUAUCCAGCGAGUGAGACGUGACUUCGGUGCACCGAUCAAGUUCACCGACCGGAACGCAGAUGAUGUAAAGGAUGGGUUCAUUGAAUGCUCAUCAUUUGAAGACAAAAGCUACAAUGUGAAGAAGAUGGAGAUGGAUUUUGGAACUCAGGCCGUGCCCACGUAUGCAGAAAGCGGCACACAGACUGAAUGGAAACAUCCACGUAACCAAGCCACUCAGUAUUUCCCGCGGGAAUUCAACAUCGAUGAGAAGAAGACUUUGAUGGAGACAGAGGAGGUGCUCAACACUAUCAAUAAAGUCACACCAAGGUUUGAGUUGGCUCUACAGCAGAAUGAGAUCAUGAAUGUAUUCUUUGAUGACUGGGUGGCUCUCGCUGAUGAAGACAGCACUUUUGGCAGCAAGUCUGACAGCCACCUAAAGGAGUACCAGUCUUUCACUGAUCUCCAGUUCAGUAAAGACAAAGCUAUCACCUGCAUUGAGUGGCAUCCAUCAAUCAAAGGCAUCGUAGCUGUGGCUUGCUCGGAGCGCAUGACGUUUGAUGACCGUGUCGACAAUGCCUCUAAGAUUAUCAUGAGCCCCUCACUGAUUCUCCUCUGGAGCUUCACAGAUCCAAUCCAUCCACAGAUUUUGUUGGAAGCUCCAGAUGACAUCAUCAGUUUCAAGUUUUGUCCGACGGACCCCAACAUUAUUGCAGGGGGGUGUAUCAAUGGCCAAGUCGUCAUGUGGGAUAUCAGCAAACAUUCCGACCGUCUCCGUAGCAACCAGCGUGGUAAACAAACAAAGAAGAACUCCAUGAUGAAACUGCCUGGUUUUGAGGAUGAGAAUGUUGAUAAGACGCCUGUCAUACGAUACUGUGCAGUCUCUGGCAUUGAACACAGUCAUAAGACGGCCAUAGCUGACUUACAAUGGGUCCCGGAUCACAUGGAGAUCACGCGUAUGGGGAUGAUUGUGGAGAACAAGACUCAGACAUGCAGUCAGAUUCUAACCGGGUCUACAGAUGGUUACAUCGGUAUCUGGGAUACAAAGCCCCCUAAGGGUCACACUCCGUCUGUAGAGGAGGCAAGGCAGAAGGACAACCCCCUGGCUGUAUCAACCAUGUUUAAACAUCUGGACCUGACAUGGAAACCAACCCUUAAGUUUCCAGUGAGUAAAAUUGAAGGAACUGGGGAGUAUGGUGUCAUGAGAAUCAGUAUCCAAGAGAGACAAGGAGAUAGAGGUGCCUUGGAAAAGAGUGGUAAAGGGUCCGAUACCAACAUGGGAGGCAUAGGCAUGGGAGGCUCAAUGAGGACAGGCUCAGCCAAAGACAAGAAGCCCCUGGAAGGAGCCACCUCAAAAUUCUUCGUCGGAACUGAGUCUGGUGAACUUGUGUAUGCUGAUUGGAAACUGGAGAAAGACGUUGACUCUGGCAAAUUACAACCUCCGAAGCCCCAGUUUGCCAAGUUGUAUCAUGACUGGAGAAUAAACACCCUGCAGCGAUCUCCGUUCUACAAGGAUCUCAUCCUGACGGUUGGAGGCUGGAACUUUACUCUCUGGAAAGAAGGAGUUGAGGGUGGACCCAUAAUCCACUCAGCCACAGCACCCAAGAAACUAACUGCCGGUUACUGGUCACCAACUCGUCCAGCGGUGUUCUUCAUCGGCUGUGCUGAUGGCAAUAUUGACAUCUGGGACCUGUUGGAUAAAACCCAUGAACCAUCGCAGACGCAGAAUGUAUCGGCUUCAAGUAUCACUCAGAUCUACCCAUGGGUUGUCAACAGUAAGCAACAGCUUCUGGCAGUCUCUGAUAGCGUAGGUACCUUACAUAUAUUAGAGGUACCCUGGACCCUACGUCAUGCCACCUCGGCAGAGCUCCCAAGCAUGUCUAGCUAUAUUGAUCGUGAAGUGAAGAGGCUUGAGUACAUCGAUAAACGCCAAGACUUCCACAUCCAGAGCAAGAGGAAGUUGGAUGCAGAAGAGGCACAGAAGAAGUUGGUGCAGCCUGCAGACCCUAGCACUGAGGAGGUUGAGAAUAAGAUGAGAGUCGGAUUCCUGGACUACAAAGAAGAUGAGAAGAAGUUCCUGGAAGCUCUUGGCCUGUACAUCCCACCGGAGGAACCCCUGCCUGAGGUGUAGAUGAACCACACCAGAGCUCUCCUCAAACAGUCAUCUAAAAUGUAUGUGCCUACAGUUUAUUUCAACCCUCCCUUGGCAGCAUAUUGCGCCACAGCACCUUGUAAACCAUUACAUGGGGCUAAGGAUUAGGUCUCAUAAUUCAA